AUGGAUGCCUAUUGCAGGGAGAUCAGGGAGCUUGAGGCCAAAUUCUAUGGCCUGGAGUUCCACCACGACCCCAGGGACGAUAAUGUGGCAGCAGACGUUCUGUCCAAGCUCGGAUCCAAGCGAUCCAUCGUACCAUCCGGCGUGUUCGUUCAAGCACUCAACAGCCCUACAGUCAAGCUUGAAGAGGAACCUCCCACUAAGCUAGACUUGGUCCCGACCAUAGGGCAGCAGGUUCUGACUCUCGACACCGACUGGCGCUCCCCGAUUAUUGACUUCAUCAAGAACAACAAAAUCUACCCAAAAGGAAAGGAGCACGAGAAGCUUGCACGCCGAUCCAGCAACUAUGUUGUCAUAGGAACCGAGUUGUUCAGCCACAUAUUUGUGGUGAUCGACAAGUUCACUAAGUGGAUUGAAGUCAAGCCCGUGACGGCCACUACAGCAGCUAUGGCAGCUGAGUUCAUUGAGGAGAUAUCACACCGGUUCGGAGUGCCGAAUCGGAUCAUUACCAACCUGGGCACCUCAUUCACGGGUUCUGAGUUCUGGUACUACUGCCAAAAAAACUGCAUCGACGUCUACUACGUCUCCGUGGCGCACCCCAGGUGCAAUGGCCAAGUCGAAAGAGCCAACGGCUUGAUCCUCCUGGGGCUCAAGGCCAGAAUUUUCGACCCGAUCGAAAAAUACGGUGCAAAGUGGCUCCAAGAACUACCUGGAGUAGUCCGGGGACUCCGUACACAGAAAAGUCGGGCUACCGGCUACUCGCCAUUCUUCAUGGUGUACAGUUCUAAAGCAGUCUUGCCAUCAGACAUAGCUUUUGGUGCUCCGCGCAUCCAGAACUACGACGAUGUAACACCCGGUUUAUAA